CGCCUGCCCGCCCAACAACCCCCACACCCACCCGUCUCCCUCGUGUAAAUAUCUCCCUCCAUUGUGUAAUAUUUGUUCAUCAACAAGGUUCUGUUCUGUUUCAAGCCAGAUGAUGUCGGUGAACAUGGUGUCUAACAUCAGUCCAGUAGGGGGAGUAAGAGAGACACAUUCUGCCACAGUGGGAGGGAGUAAACCCCUGCACCGCUUCAUAAGAGGGGAGCCGAAGAGUAUUGGGAUUGUAAUGCUGUUCAUGGGCUCAUCACUCUUCCUCUUGGCGAUUCCCAUGAGAAUGGAUCCACUGGAGUCCUCUGCGGAGAAUUUCACCUCUUUUUGGCUAGGAAUCCUUUUCAUCAUCUGUGGGCUGUUAUACGUGUUCACAGAGAAGAAUACUUCAAAACAAUUGGUGACAGCAAGCCUGGCCCUUAGUAUCAUCUCUAUAUUGGGGGUCACAGUGGCUUUCUUUGAAUUCCUUAAAGGCAUCCUGAACAUGCAGUUUUACCAUUACCGCUAUUAUUAUUCCUACUAUGAUGACAUCACAAACUCUACCAGAGUUGAUGUCCCCUGGCGUAAACAUCAUACGGGCCAGUUGCUCAGCCUUGAGGCUGUAUUCAUGUAUCAGAGCUUAGUGGGAAUGGUGUUCCUAAUAAUGAUGACAGCAUUUGCCAGGGCUGCCUUGCAGUCCAGUAAGACACAGGCAAUUGUGGUAAUGAAUAAUCUACCAUCAGCAGACUGAAUGAAGAAAAAGCAAGCCUUUUAUGACUGUCUCUGCCAUGAUGGAUGGAUAGAAAACUUGCAUUUAUUGAUAUAAAAUAAAUGUAUUCAAUGUGUAGAACAUUUAAUUAAAUCCGCAUAUAGAAAUUGUCUUUGUAUACACUUUACUUUGAAAUAAAUGUAAUAAAAUAACACAUCCAUGUAAUACAAUAAACAAUUAACAUGAUCAUUAUAUGCCACUCACAGCAUUGUCAUUUCAUAAAACACUGUCAGCUUGUUUACUCAUUAUUGAAAAAUCACUUUUUGCUCAAGUAUGAGUAAAGCACUCAGUUAAGUGCAUACAAAUGUCCACUAGACAUUUGUUUUGCUCAUCUUGAUAUAAUAUCAUUGUGUCACGUUCUGACCUUAGUUCCUUUGUUUUGUCUUUGUUUUAGUUGGUCAGGGCAUGAGUUGGGUGGGCAGUCUAUGUGUGUUUUUCUAUGUUGGGGUUUUGAGUUCGGCCUAGUAUGGUUCUCAAUCAGAGGCAGCUGUCAAUCGUUGUCCCUGAUUGAGAAUCAUACUUAGGUAGCCUGGGUUUCACUUUUGGUUUGUGAGUGUUUGGGCCACACGGUACUGUUUCGUUUUUCGUUUUGUUCACAUCGUUUAUUGUUUUGUAUUUCAGUGUUCAGUUCGUUUUGAAUAAAUCAUCAUGAACACUUA